AUGACUCCAGAACCGAACGUCAUAAGCUUGUUUGAGAAGCGAACUGGAACCUGGCAAUAUGUGGUUGCAGACCCUUCAACCAAGAAGGCUGUCAUUAUCGACUCUGUGCUCGAUUAUGACCCGACAAACCAAGGCAUCAGCACUUCGACUGCCGACGCAUUACUAGCAAUUGUUUCGGAAAACAGCUAUCAUAUUGAGAAGAUUCUAGAGACACAUGCACAUGCCGAUCAUUUGACGGCAGCUUCGUACCUCCAACAUCGUCUCCACCAACAACAAGGCUUCAAACCGCCCAUUUGCAUUGGGCAACGGAUCAAGCAAGUGCAGGACCUGUUUGCUGCAAGGUAUAGCAUUCCGGCUGAUGAGUACGAGGGAGUGUUUGACCAUCUUUUCGAGGACGAUGAAGUCUUCAAGAUUGGCCAAUUAACCGCGAAAAUCAUUCAUCUCCCUGGACACACCCCUGAUCAUAUAGGCUACCAAAUUACAGGCAAUGUAUUUUGUGGAGAUUCUAUCUUUCAUGCGGACAUUGGUACUGCACGAUGCGACUUUCCUGGCGGCAGCGCAAAAGACUUAUUUGAGUCAGCGCAGAAGUUGCUAAAGCUUCCAGAUGACGUUAAGGUCUGGACAGGUCAUGACUAUCCGGCCUGUCCUGAGCGUUGUGACGCCGUGCCUUGGAUGACCGUGCAGGACCACAAGGAGAAUAAUAAGCAUAUUUCUAGCGACACGCAAGAGAAUGCUUUCCUUACCAUGCGAGGAGAACGAGAUGCAAACCUCCCGGCGCCAAGAUUGCUAGAUCCUUCUUUGCAAAUAAAUAUCCGUGCUGGCAGACUACCUCGUCUGACAAAUGAAGGCCAACGUCUCAUGCAUCUCCCACUAAAGCUGGAUGGCGAGGGUUGGUAG